AUGGCAUCUACUGCUGAUGAACAUUCUUUGAUGAUCAAGACUAUAUCAGAGAUCGUUACUUUACUUAUUCAGUCUUAUGACAGAGGAGAGCAAAUCAAUCUCACUAAGCUUAAAACUAAAAUAGCUGCAAAGAACAAGCUAAAAAGAAUGCCAAAGAUUGUAGAUAUUUUAGCUGGAUUACCAGAUAAUUACAAAGAUAAAUUGAAUCCUAUUCUUAAGGGAAAGCCAGUCAGGACUGCUAGUGGAGUAGCUGUAGUUGCAGUUAUGAGUAAGCCUCACAGAUGUCCUCAUAUUGCAAUGACUGGAAAUAUUUGCGUUUAUUGUCCAGGUGGGCCUGACUCAGAUUUCGAGUAUUCUACUUAAAGUUACACUGGGUAUGAGCCAACUUCUAUGAGAGCUAUUAGAGCUAGAUAUAAUCCAUAUCUCUAGACAAGAGACAGAGUUGAAUAACUAAAGAGACUAGGUCACGAUACUGAUAAAGUAGAGUUUAUUGUCAUGGGUGGUACUUUCCUCAGCUUAGAUUAAAAUUACAGAGAUUACUUCAUCAGAAAUCUACAUGAUGCGCUAUCUGGCCACAGUUCUAAUUCCAUUGAAGAAGCCAUUGCUUAUUCAGAAUAAAGCAAGUCAAAGUGUAUUGGUAUUACUAUUGAAACUAGACCAGACUAUUGUUUAAAGCCUCAUCUUAACGAUAUGCUUCAAUAUGGCUGCACUAGAAUUGAAAUUGGAGUUCAAAGUAUUUAUGAGGAUAUAGCUAGAGAUACCAAUAGAGGUCACACAGUCAAUGCUGUCAGUUAAUGUUUCCAACUUGCCAAAGAUUGUGGUUUCAAGGUAAUUGCUCAUAUGAUGCCUGAUUUGCCUAAUAUGGGACUUGAAAGAGAUAUUGAGGGAUUUAAGGAGUACUUUGAAAACCCAGAUUUUAGGACUGAUGGUCUCAAGGUAUAUCCAACUCUAGUUAUCAGAGGCACAGGAUUGUAUGAGCUAUGGAAAACAGGAAAAUACAAGAACUACGAUCCAAAUACUUUAAUCGACUUGGUUGCAAAGAUCUUGGCAUUAGUACCUCCCUGGGUUAGAAUUUACAGAGUCCAAAGAGAUAUUCCAAUGCCUAUUGUAACAUCAGGUGUUGAACAUGGUAAUUUAAGAGAACUUGCAAUUAAAAGAAUGAAGGACUUAAAUCUACCCUGCAGAGAUGUGAGGACUAGAGAAGUAGGAAUUCAAGAGAUUCAUAAUAAAGUUACUCCAGAGAAUGUGGAGCUUAUCCGAAGAGAUUAUUAUGCUAAUGGGGGGUGGGAGACAUUUAUUGCUUAUGAAGAUCCUAAGCAGGAUAUUUUGAUUGGUCUGCUUAGACUUAGAAAAUGCUCAGAGCAUGGCACAUUUAAGCCUGAGCUUGUCGGAGCUUCAAUAGUCAGAGAACUUCAUGUCUACGGAAGUAUUGUGCCUAUUCAUUCAAGAGAUCCAAAUAAAUUCUAACAUUAAGGAUUUGGUACCAUGCUGAUGGAGGAAGCUGAAAGGAUCGCAAAAGAGGAGCAUGGAUCGAAUAAACUUGCAGUAAUCUCAGGAGUGGGUACCAGACAUUAUUACAGAAAAUUGGGUUACGAAUUAGAGAAUACAUAUAUGGUCAAAUAUCUAAAUAAGGAUGAUGAAUGA